AUGUCCUCGUCAACCCAUCACAUCGUAGUUCUCGGCAGCAACUUUGCCGGGUUGGCUAUCAGUCAUUACAUUCUGAGACACAUUAUACCGUCAGUGGCGAGCAACACCGACAAGAAGUGCAAGUUGACUAUUGUAUCGCCAUCGACUCACUAUUUCUUCAAAGUCGGUGCCCCUCGCGCCAUUGCCCGGCCUGAACUGGUCAGCAAGGUCUCAAUGCCAUUCGCGGGCGCGUUUCAAGAUUAUGGCGACCUAUAUGCAUUUGUCCAAGGCGAAGCCAUAGCACUUGACCCUUCAAAGAAGCUAGUCACGGUCAAGGGUGUCACCGAUACCGAUGAGAACAGGAUACAGAUCCCAUACGACUCACUUAUUAUCGCCACAGGGAUGACAAGCGCCAGUCCCCUUUGGACUCUCCAAGGACCACACACAGUCACAAGCAACGCUAUUUGCGACACCAAUGCAGCUAUUUCCAAGGCAAAUACGAUCCUAAUCGCCGGCGGUGGCCCCACAGGCGUCGAAACAGCCGGCGAAAUUGCCUACCAUUGGCACGGCAAGGAUAUCACCCUAUUCUCCGGCAGCACUCGCCUCCUCUCCAAUUUAUCGAACAAGGGAGUUGGAACGUCGGCGGAAUCACACCUGCGCAGGUUGAAGGUUAAGACAGUGCAUAUGGCCAAGGUUACUUCUGCGUCCAAGACGGCGAAUGGUACCACGCUGGUGGAAUUGAACAAUGGCACCACCAGGGAGGUUGAUUUAUACAUUGACGCGACGGGUGGUACACCUAAUACGAGCUUCUUGCCAGCCGAAUGGCUUGAUACCCGGGGAUCCGUCAUCACCGACCCUGAGACCUUGCGUGUGACAAGUGCUCCACCUGGCGUUUAUGCCAUUGGCGACGUGGCAUCGUACUCGAAGAGAAACGUCCUCGAUGUUCAUCGAGCUAUCGCCCCCCUCGGGUACUCGCUCUGGGCUGACAUGACCAAGAAGGCCAAGGUGAAAGCACCCCUAACCGAGAAGGUAUACAAGCAGGACCCUGGAGACUUCCAGUUUGUUCCCAUUGGUCCAAAGGGUGGUGUCGGAACAGCGUUUGGUUGGUCUGUGCCAAGCUUCAUGGUUUGGCUUGCAAAGUCGAGGACCUUCUUCAUUGAAAAGGUGCCCGCCAAUGUCGCUGGCGCUAGCUAUACAAACAUCGAUGUAUCCUCCAUACCCAGCUAA